AUGGCCAAUACGAAAGCUAUUUUAACGAUUGAGGGAUCGUCGACGAUAACCACCUACACUAUCAUAUCCACACCACCAAGGACACCGACAACAGGCCCAGCAACGUCCCCGCAAGAUCCACAAUUGUCACCACCAACACCACCGACCAGCAGCAUUAAUUUGCCGAUCACUUCUGAUACACCGAACCGAACAACCUCCGAAGAACGUGCUCCGAACCCUUCGGACGAAUCACCUCCACCACCACCAUCACGCAUCAGCCCCCAACAGGCGGAAGACAAUAAUAAGUUGGACUGCAGUGAGCGCUUCGAGCGGCGUAGAAACUCCUUUUUCGAAAGCAUUCGCGCAGUAGUGGUACGUGGCACCAAUAGCAGACACCAACAACAGGCAACGAACCAACUCGACACGGAAGAAGGCAGCGACGAGCUGCAAUCACUGCGUGCGCCAGCAGCAACAACAGCUUCGCAUCAUCACCAACGGUCCAACGUGGAUUUUGGACCCGCCGACAGGACGACAGCAACGACGGCCGCCAAUAUUACUUCCACCGCAAACAUCGCCUCCACCACCACCACCAUCACGUCGGCGAACAGUUACUCCCGGAAUAAGUCGACCACACGCAGCUGGCCCGUGAUACAUCGUAACAAUUCCUACUACCGCUACCAAACAUCCAGUGGCAGUGGCGGCGGAAGCGGCGGCGGUGGUGGUGGUGGUGGUGGUGGCGAAAGUGGGACUCAACAGUCCUCCUCCGCUCACCGGCGACAACCAUCAUCGCAUCAGCACGGCUAUCUACAGUACGAUUACGAUGCACCCCUGCUGCAGUACGGUGGCGGCGGCGGUGGCGGCGGCUUAAGCUACUACCCGCCCAAUGAUACGAACAACAACACGCUGGUCUCCCAGCAUUGA